GGAACCUCUGCUCCGCUCCAUGGGAGAGGGUCGCUCCAUGGAGGGCACAGUGUGUGUGUGUGGGGGGGUGUCCCUCCUCUGCUCUGAGCUGCUGCUCCAGGGAGGCUAGACGGGCCUGUUGGAAUAGGUCAGGGCAGCCUGGGCACCUCUUGACACCUCCUGAGAUUCCUCUAUUCCCAGCUGGUCCCUGGACUGGGCAGCUCCCAUGUGGGGCUGGGAGGUGAUGGCGGCGGCUGGGCAGCUGCAGGAGGGGAUGUGGUUUUCUGGGUGCUGCAGGGAUCUGGCUUUGCUCUGAGCACGGUAGAUUUGGCCUGGAGAUUGCAGAGGAAUCAUCUGAUGUAGAAGAAAGGGGCCAAGCACAUCAUGGGCUUCCUGUGGCUGCAGCCCCCGGCACAGUUCCUCAUUCUGCUCGCACUUGGGCUUCAGGCUUGGUGGAGCUCAGCACCGGGGUGUUGGUGGCAGCACUGAGGGGCCCCCCACUGCCCUCUCAUGGCAUCUGCUCGCACCAUCCUCCUCCUCGGCUGCUGGCUGGCCAGGCACAGUGGGGUGUGGGGAGGGCAUGAAUUUCUCAAACCCACCAUCUGGGUGAGCCCCAGCAGAGUGGUGGCGCUCCGGGGAAACGUCACCAUCCGCUGUGAGGGUCGGUACCUGGGCAUGGAGUUCGUUCUGCGUAAAGCUGGACACCCGAACCAGCAGGUGCAGUCGGUGGUACCUGAAGGGAAAAUGGCUGAAUUUCCCAUCACCAGUGUUGGCCAGGAAGAUGGAGGGAGCUACACCUGCAACUAUCGCUCCAUAAUGGAACCGAGUCGCUCAUCCUAUCCCAGCGACCCCGUUGAGAUCAUUGUAGGAGAGCCCAGCUACCCCAAACCCAGCAUCUUUGGGAUCCCCAGCAAGGGGGUUUCCUUGGGGGAAUCCGUGAGCAUCUGGUGUAAGGGGCAGCGUGAGAGCGUGCAGUUCGUGCUGAAUAAAGAUGGACGCCAUAUCCAAAGUGUGGAUUCGGACUUACUCGCUCUGUUUCCCAUCAACAACGUGAGCCGGGAGGACGGCGGGAACUACAACUGCUCCUAUCACAGCAGAUCGGAGCCGUUCGCCGUGUCGGACCCCAGCGACCCCGUGGAGCUGGUGGUGAGAGAUCCCAGCUUACCCAGACCCAACAUCUCUCUGAGCCCCACUGGGGUCAUGGCCCCAGGAGCAGACGUCACUGUCCGGUGUCAGGGGCAGCUCCGGGAUGUGAGGUUCUUCCUGUACAAGGCUGGAGACCUGAACCCGCAGCAACAUAUGGACCCUGCUGGGGCCGGGGCCGAGUUCCGCAUCCCCAGCUUGGGCCGGCAGCAGGAAGGGAACUACAGCUGCAGCUACCGGCCCCGGUCAGAGCCCUUCGUCUCCUCGCAGCCCAGCGACACCGUGAAGCUGGUGGUAGCAGAGCCCAGCUACCCCAAACCCAGCAUCUCCCUGCUGAGCCCCAGUAGUAAGGUCUCCCUGAGGGGAGCCGUGAGCGUCCGGUGUUCGGGGCAGCGCCAGGGCAUGCGGUUCGUGCUGAAUAAAGAGGGACGUCAUUUCCCACCUGUGGAUUCGGACGGGUCGGAGGUUGUGUUUCACAUCAGCAACAUGAGCCGAGAGGACGGCGGGAACUACAGCUGCUCCUAUCACAGCCGAUCGGAGCCGUUCGCCAUGUCGUACCCCAGCGACCCCAUGGAGCUGGUGGUGACAGAUCCCAGCUUACCCAGACCCAACAUCUCUCUGAGCCCCACUGGGGUCACCGCCCCAGGGGCAGACGUCACCAUCCGGUGUCAGGGGCAGCUCCGGGACGUGAGGUUCUUCCUGCACAAGGCUGGAGACCUGAACCCGCAGGGACAGAUGGACCCUGCUGGAGACAGGGCCGAGUUCCGCAUCCCCACCGUGGGCCGGCAGCACGGAGGGAGCUACAGCUGCAGCUACCGGCCCCGGUCCGAGCCCUUCGUCUCCUCAGAGCCCAGCGAGAUUGUGCAGCUGGUGGUAGUAGAGCCCAGCUACCCGAAACCCAAUAUCUCUGGGAUCCCCAGUGGGGGGGUCUCCCUGGGGGCAGCCGUGACCAUCUGGUGUUGGGGGCAGCACCCGGGCGUGCGGUUCGUGCUGAAUAAAGAGGGACGUCAUUACCCACCUGUGGAUUCGGACAGGUUUGAGGCUGAGUUUCUCAUCAGCAACGUGAGCCGAGAGGACGGCGGGAACUACAGCUGCUCCUAUCACAGCAAAUCGAAGCCGUUCGCCGUGUCGUACCCCAGUGACCCCGUGGAGCUGGUGGUGAGAGGAGCCUGGAUCUGGCCGCGCAAGGAAGCUAAUAUCCUGGGAGACAAGCUGCUUUCCCACGGGGUGCUGAGACGCCAGCACAACCCCCCCCCCCGCCCCCAAACACCCCUGCCUCGGAGAAUCCUCCCCCACAACAGCUUCUGACCUGACAGCAACUCCCCAGGAUUGAACCCCCAAUGCCAUGUGUGACGUUGCACUCCUCAUGUUUAUGGAAAUAUGCUGAUGAGUGUGAAUAUAAUGUAACUGGAAUAUGCUUUAAGCAAAAGGUCUCUUGUAAGGUAUCAUUACAAAGCUUAUGAUCUA